CGCCCUGCAGCUAUUUAGGAUUCGGCGACAGGGUCACUUCUAAACACCGCCCCGACCGAGGAGGCAGCGACGGGGAACUUCAGGAGGGUACUUCACUGCCUCGUGUCUGCAUAAAUAUGGGAUCUCCCUCCCGUGGAUAACGCACUUGACCACUUGCGCAGCGCGAGAGUCUGAUGUAUCAUUUGACUACAGCGGUCCUCGCUGGGUAUGUGUGGUACAGUACAGUAGUGGAGAAGAGUCCGUGCGCGAGUGCUCCCAGAAUAGAAAGGCAAAGGAAAAAGAAGAAGGAGAAGAGAGAGAGGCGGGAUCGCUUCAUGUCUAGUUGAAAUCCAAGGUGAGCACAGAGAUCGCCUGGAACGGCUCGAUCGGCACUUCGCGCUCCCUUUGUGGAUUUAAUGGAUGCUUGAUCUCUGGAUGUGAUGCCCAUAUAUAUUAUCGACCGAAAAUUCCCCGACACAUCUGGUGAGUUGAUACAGGCAGCAGCUGAAGGAGGAGACCUGAGAAUGACAGAGACCAACCCCCCCAAGUCGGCUAAAAAGCCCCGCUGGACCUCCCUGGAGAUCGGCCUCAUUACCAUCGUCUCCUUGCUCUUCAUCAUCAUCGUUGCCCUCAUCAUCCUCUUCGCCACACAGAAGACCGAUGAAAUCUGCACCACAGCUGACUGCACACAGUCAGCGUCUCGCCUCAUCGAGAACAUGGACGCUAGCGUGGAUCCUUGCGACAACUUCUACCAGUACGCCUGUGGAGGCUGGCUUAAAAAGAACAUCAUCCCAGAAACCAGCUCCAGAUACAGCACCUUUGACAUCCUGCGAGACGAGCUGGAGGUCAUCCUCAAAGGUGUUCUCGAGAAGACGGUGGAGGGGGAAGCCAGCGCUCUCACCAAAGCUAAGGUCCUUUACAAGUCCUGUACCAAUGAGAGUUUAAUUGAGCUCAGAGGAGGAGCUCCCUUGCUCGACAUGCUGCCAGAUGUGUUUGAAUGGCCCAUUGCCGUUGACAACUGGGAAAUCACCUACGGUACUACGUGGAGGCUGGAGGACCUCAUUGCCAGGCUGAAUGAGAAAUACGGAACUCUGCUCUUGGUUAACUUUUUUGUUGGCACUGAUGACAGAGACUCCAAUUCACACAUCAUUCAUUUUGACCAGCAGACGAGUCUCGGCCUCUUGUCCAGGGAUUACUAUGCCUGCACUGGACCAUAUGCAGAGGCGUGCCGGGCCUACGAGCAGUUCAUGAUCGACCUGGCCAAGCUGAUCCGCUCUGACCGGGGACUGGCCAUCAACGAAACUCGCAUCAGGGAGGAGGUGACACGGAUUCUGGACCUGGAGAGGGACAUCGCGAACGCGACCGAUACUCCAGAAGACCGCAACAACCCAGUGCUGCUUUACAACAAGAUGGAACUGGGAGACCUCAACGCCAACUUCACGCUCGAGGUUGAUUCAAAGGUGUUUAACUGGAGUUACUUCACAGCUAAGAUCAUGGACACAGUAAACGUCAGCGUUCCGGACACAGAGAAGGUCAUAAACUACUCCCCCAACUAUUACAGAAGACUCAACCUCGUCUUGGCCAAAUACACAAAGAGGGACCUACAGAACUACAUGGUGUGGCGCUUCGCCAUGCACAUGGUCGUGGGUCUGAGCAGAGCUUACAGGGACACCAGGAAAGCCUUCCGCAUGGCUCUGUCUGGGACGACAUCAGAGGCAGCCGUGUGGCGGCAGUGUGCCCUUUACGUCAACAACAACAUGGACAACGCCGUGGGACGACUGUAUGUGCAGGAGGCGUUCUCUGAAAAGAGCAAGGAACUGAUGGAGGAGAUGAUUAAAGACAUCCGGGAAGUGUUCAUCAGUAACCUCCAUGACCUGACCUGGAUGGAUGCACAGACCAGGAAAGCAGCUGAGGAGAAGGCUCGAGCUAUUCGGCAGAGGAUCGGCUAUUCCGACAACAUUAUGGUGGAUGAGUACCUCAACAAUGAGUACAAAGAUCUGAACUACAGUGCAGAGGAGUACUUUGAAAACAUCCUACAGAACCUGGAGCAUGUGCAGAAGAAGCGCCUACGAAAACUCAGAGUCAAAGUCAACAAAGAGGAGUGGGUGACAGGAGCUGCUGUUGUCAACGCCUUCUACUCAUCCAGCAAAAACCAAAUAGUGUUCCCUGCAGGGAUCCUCCAGCCGCCUUUUUUCAGCAAAGGCCAGACUAAAUCUCUCAACUACGGUGGCAUCGGCAUGGUGAUCGGCCAUGAGAUCACACAUGGCUUUGAUGACAACGGCAGGAAUUAUGAUAAGGAUGGUGACCUGAAGGACUGGUGGACACCGGACUCCACGCAGAGGUUUUUGGAGCUGUCGAAGUGCAUCGUGGACCAGUAUGGCAACUUCUCCUGGGACCUGGCAAAUGGACUUCAUUUAAACGGUAACAACACCCUCGGAGAGAAUAUCGCUGAUAACGGAGGGAUACGACAGGCAUAUCAGGCCUACAGGAACUAUGUAAAAGAGCACGGAGAGGAGCCACCACUGCCUGGCAUUGACCUUUCCCAUGAUCAGCUGUUUUUCCUCAACUUUGCUCAGGUGUGGUGUGGAACCCAACGACCAGAACAAGCUGUUAAUUCAAUCAAAGUAGAUGUUCACAGUCCAGGAAAAUUCAGGGUGCUGGGAUCCCUUCAGAAUUUUCCAGAAUUUGCCAAAGCAUUCAGCUGCAACAAAAGCAGCUACAUGAGCCCUGACAACGUGUGUCGCGUGUGGUGAUCUGCAGUUACCCAGGAUGGAGACUGUUUCCACUGUGGGUCCUACCCGUUCCCCCUCCACUACCCCUCCCCUCUGACUGCCGGAGCGUUGGUGGGCGACUGCAGGGAAGCAAAAGCUCCCCUUGACUCUCUGUCCAGAACUGGCGGCGCGACACUGCAGUGUGCGCCUCCUUCGAGCCCACCCCGGACUCUGGCCCUGCAAACCGACGGGGAACCAUCCCUUCGACUCCUCCGUUGCCUGAUUUCUCUGCUCCUCACUGGAUACAAUCACUGCUUUUGUUUUGUUUUUUUUUCGUUCCCAUGUUAGUUUCCAUGUUAGUUGUAAGUCUGACAGUGUUUAUGCGUGUUUCAGUCAAGCGAGGGACAGACAGACAAAUGUGCUCAAACCCACUGGCAAAUGAAUACACCACCCACCCACCCACACUCACACACAUAACAUGGCUGAACAAGUAUGUAUGUGGGACUGAGUUAUGCCUCUUAUAAAACCUCAGCUGUUUCAGCCUUCAUUACCAUUUAAUUGUAAUGUACUCGCUAGAUCAAGGUCAAUUAUUACACAAAAUCUAAACUUGUUUUGUUGAAUAGACCAGUAGUAUUUAACCGUCAACAAAUAUCACACAGCAGUGCUCUAUAUUUAAUGGUAACAUUAACUGCAGGCAACAGAUGGCUGUUCUUUAUUAACUGAGCGGGAAACUGAACCAAAAUGAAGUUACUGCCUUUAAGAUGACAACUGGUCAUGAAUCAUCAAGCUGACAAUCGCCUUUUUUAUAUGUUAACACAACCUCCUGUGUGUUUCUACAUGAAUGUAUGUCUCUAUGAUUUUCCUGUUUUCAGAUCACUGCCUACUGUGAAGCUGGUACGGAUUAUAUGGUCUGUUGUGCUACUUUGUGCGAGUGCAUAUGUGUGUGUGGGAGAACAAAACCCAAGUUGUAUCAUCAAAAAAAAAGCUUCUCUUCUUUUCCUUGUUGGAUAAAAACAAGAUCAAUACCAGACUAGAAGAAGAAGCCAAGUUAACCCAGCUCGCCACAGUAAAUGGAAACAGCUGGCCUGAUUGUGAACAAAGGAAAAACAAUGCCUACUGUGUAAAAUCACUAAUUAUCACAUUAUAUCCCAUUUGUUCAAUCAGUACAGAAAAAAAAGUGUCACAACACAUCCGUGGACUCUCUGCUGGAUGCCUGGCAACUGAACCGUGACGAGACACUAGGAAGUGUGGUCCUUACACCUCAGGCUUUCUAUGGAUUAAACAACUUUUUUGGCUGCAUUUAGAAAGUGUUGCCCGCUGUUUCUCUUCGCUUCAGUCUUUACAUUAAGCGUGAGAUGAAAGUUAAACUGGUCCUGCACCAACUCUUACAGUAGGUGUGUGGUUCUUGGGUUUAGUGAUUCGACUAAUAUGACUGUAUUUUAUCAACAUUUAUUUACAUUCAAAGAAAUAUUUAUCAAAAACUGGGAUAGUAAUGAAUGUUGCUUGCAAUUUGUGGAUUCAGAAGGUUAAUUACAGGUCAAUUAAUGCAUUUUUUACAUUGAGUGAAACAAAGGUCGAUGACACAAGGUUGUUAAUUGUGGAGCAUAUUGCCUUUUUUAGUAUUGCCUGCAAAGAGGCAAUUUCUUUCUUUCUUUCUUUCUUUCUUUCUUUCUUUCUUUCUUUCUUUCUUUCUUUCUUUCUUUCUUUCUUUCUUUCUUUCUUUCUUUCUUUCUUUCUUUCUUUC